AUGGCUCGGACUGGAUUCCUCAAGUGUGGGGUUCAGCUGCACUGGCCCAGGACCUGGCCCUGCAAUGCACUGCUUUCUCUACUCUUCAUUCCCAUCUGCUCCACAGCACUUCACGUGUCCCAGCCUGCAGUCCUGCUGGCCAGCAGUCAAGGUGUCGCUAGCUUUGUGUGUGAGUACGAGUUUUCACACAAAGCUGAAGAAGUUAGGGUGACGGUGCUGCGACAGACCAACAGCCAGCUGAUUGAAGUCUGUGCCUCCACGUUCGAAGUUGAGAAUGAAUUGACCUUCCUAGAUAAUCCCACUUGCACUGGCACGUCUCGUGGCAACAGAGUGAACCUCACCAUCCAAGGGCUCACAGCCACAGACACAGGGCUCUACAUCUGUAAGAUGGAGCUCAUGUACCCACCACCCUACUAUGUGAGCAUGGGAAAUGGAACACAUAUUUUUGUCCUUGACCCAGAACCAUGUCCUGAUUCUGAAUUCCUCCUCUGGAUCCUUGCAGCCAUCAGUUCAGGGCUGUUUUUUUAUAGCUUCCUCAUCACAGCUGUGUCUUUGAGCAAAAUGCUAAAGAAAAGAAGCCUUCUUACUACAGGGGUCUAUGUGAAAAUGCCCCCAACAGAGCCAGAAUGUGAAAAGCAAUUUCAGCCUUAUUUUAUUCCCAUCAAUUGA